CAAUAAUCCCCUGACGACUGUUGCGUGGUUGUGGGAAGAACUUGUUAGCCAUCUUGUGUGUAAAGGAUAUGACUUAUUCAAACUUGAAUUUAGAAGGUCAAUGAACUUUGCCGCGCUGUGGUACUGUAAGACUUGCUACGAAUCAGGACUUUCUUUUCAAGCAGUUAAAACAAGCAGCAGUGAUGGAGACAACAGUAGUGGUUGAUCAGCAGCCAAUGAACUCCGCGUACGAAAACAACGUCGCCUCGGCCCCGGCCCCAUGCUACGAUGAUCUGUUCCCGGCCCUUCCGGAGAGCGCUACGCCGGGUAUCAACCAGCAAAACAUUGCGCAGAACAUGCGCGUCGGAAGCUCGGUUGUUACCCAGGUCUUCAUCGUCCCAUCGGGAGAGCGCCGUUACGAUUCGGACAAGUUCGGCGAGGGCGAGUCCCUGCGUACCUGCCAGCACAUCAUGAAGGAAACCAACGCUCAUAUUGAGAUCUCGAGCGGAAAGGACCAAUCGUUGACGUUCCUGGUAACCGGCAAGCCGAAUGAGGUGGUCGAAGCCCGUCGCAAGAUUCUGGUGCUGUUCCAGACUCAGGCGAGCAAGAACAUUACCAUUCCGCGGGAGCACUUCCGUUGGAUUCUGGGCAAGAAGGGCGAACGUUUGCGCGAGCUGGAAAAGUUAACCGCUACUAAGAUCAAUGUGCCGCGUAUAACUGAUGAAUCGGACGUGAUUACGAUUUCCGGUACCAAGGAGGGCAUCGAGAAGGCCGAGCACGAGAUUCGUACGACCUCGGACGAACAAUCUCGCAAGGCCUGCGAGCGUGUCAACAUCCCGAAAAUCUACCACCCGUUCAUCAUGGGGCCGCAUAAUGAAAACGUUUUGAAGAUGACGGAGGAAUUUGGUGCCAAGAUCAACAUUCCGCCGCCAUCGGUGCAGAAGGACGAAAUUACCAUCAUCGGCGAGAAGGAAGGCGUUCUGCAGGCCAAGGCCCGCAUAGAAGCCAUCAGCAAGGAGAUGGAAAAGAAGUGCACCAGCGUUAGCGUUGAGGUUCCCCGUGCCCAGCACAAGUACAUCGUUGGACCGAAGGGUUCCACCAUCCAGGAGAUUUUGGCCAUGACCGGCGUCUCGGUGGAAAUGCCGGCCAGCGAUGCACCGAAUGACACUGUCACUCUGCGUGGCCCGCAGGAUAAGCUCGGCAAUGCUCUGACUGUCGUGUAUCAGAAGGCGAACUCUGUUCGCACUGCUAUACUCGAAUGCCCUCAGUGGAUUCAUAAGUACAUUAUUGGACGCGAGGGUGGACAUAUCAAGGAGCAUACCGCUCCGUACCCGAACCUCCAGGUUGAAUUCAAGGAUGAUAAGAUCAAAAUCGAAGGACCCCCGGAGCAGGUGGAGCCUUCUUCGGAAGCACUCGAGAAGAUGGUUAAGGAUCUUACCGGGCGUCUUACUUUCGCGGAAAUGAUGGUGGAUCCGUCGUACUGCAAGUACAUAAUCGGCAAGAACGGAGCCAACAUUAACCGGAUGAAAGAAGAGUACGAGGUGCUUAUCAACAUCGACGAAAAGGACGCCAAGCCGAUCCGUAUCGAGGGACCGGUUAUCGGUGUUGAGAAAGCUAAGCAGGAGCUGCUUGAAAAGAUCGCGAAACUGGAAAACGAAAAGGAAGAAUCGAUCGUCAUCGAUCAUCGUCUGUUCAAGACGAUCAUCGGUGCAAAGGGUGAAUCUAUUAGGGAAAUCCGCGACAAGCAUAACCAGGUGCAGAUCAUCUUCCCCGGACCGAACGAUAAGUCUGACAUUGUCAAAAUCCGUGGCCCGCGCGAGGAUGUCGAUCGGUGCCACAAGUAUAUGACCAAAUAUGUCAAGGAGCUGCAGAAGAAUUCGUUCGUUAUGGAGGUGCCGAUUUUCAAGCAAUUCCACAAGUACAUCAUCGGCAAGGGUGGUGCUAAUAUCAAGAAGAUUCGCGACGAAACCUCAACCAAGAUUGACCUUCCGGCUGAGGGUGACAAAAACGAAGUGAUUGUCAUCACCGGCAAGAAGGAAAAUGUCAAGGAAGCUCGCGAUCGCAUUCAAAAGAUUCAGGAAGAACUCGCCAACAUCAUAACCGAGGAGGUUCAAAUCCCAUCCAAGUACUACAAUUCGUUGAUCGGUUCCGGCGGCAAGCUGAUUUCGUCCAUCAUGGAGGAUUGCGGUGGCGUCUCGAUCAAGUUUCCCAGCCCGGAGUCCAAGAGCGAUAUGGUGGCGAUCCGCGGCCCCAAGGAGGAUGUCGAGCGGGCCAAGGUGCAGCUGCUUGAGCUGACCAACGAGAAGGAACUCUCUUCCUUCACUGCCGAGGUACGUGCCAACCCGAUGCACCAUAAGUUCCUGAUCGGCAAGAAUGGGGCUUCCAUCAAGAAGAUUCGCGACAGCACCGGUGCUAGAAUCGUUUUCCCAGGAGUAAACGACGAGGAUAACGAGGUCAUCACCAUCAUCGGCAAGAAGGAGGGCGUCGAGGAUGCCAAGAAUCAGCUGCUCGCGAUCAUCAAGAACAUCGACAACAUCGUCGAGGAUGAAAUCAACGUGGCCCAGAAGCACCACAAACACUUUGUGGCCCGCCGGGCUGAGGUCUCGAACCGCAUCAUGGCCGAGUGUGGCGUAACAAUGAUUUCGUUCCCGCGCUCGGGAUCGGACAGCGAACGGGUUACGCUGAAGGGUGCCAAGGAGUGCAUCGAAGCGGCCAAGGCUAGAAUUCUGGAGAUCGUAGAAGAGCUGGAACAGAUGGUUACCAUUGAGUGUAUAAUCCAGGCGCGCCAUCAUCGUAUCGUGAUGGGUAAGGGCGGCUCAAAGGUGCAGGGCAUCACGGCCGAUUUUGACGUCAACAUUAAGUUCCCGGAUCGAGACGCGCAGGAAGCGAUCGCCGAGGGUUACCAGAAUGGGGACGUCAAUGGUGGCGAUCCGAUCAUGACGACCGACAUUAUCCGUAUCAGUGGUCGCAAGGAGAAGUGUGAGGCUGCGAAGGCUGCUUUGUUGGCUUUGGUUCCGGUUACGGAAGAAAUCAAUGUUCCAUUUGAUCUGCAUCGUUCUUUGAUCGGCCAGAAGGGUCGUGAUGUCAAGGAGCUGAUGAAUACUUAUGAUGUGCAUAUUGAACUGUCUCCUCAGGAUCAGAAACUGGACAUUAUCAAGGUUACCGGUGCCAGAGCCAAUAUUGAGGAAGCCAAGGUGGCCAUUGCGAAGAGAAUCGAAGAGCUCGAAGCUGAUCGCGCCGAUCGUGAACUUCGCUCAUGGGAGAUCAAGGUCGAAAUCAGCCCUGAAUAUCAUCCCAAGAUUAUUGGUCGUCGUGGAGCAGUUGUGAACAAAAUUCGUGCUACCCAUGGGGUGCAGAUUUCUUUCCCCAAGCAAGAUGAUCCUCAGAACAAUAUUAUAACUAUUCAGGGUUACGAGGCCAAUGCCAUCGCAGCUAGGGACGAAAUCCUGGGUAUCGUCAACGAGUUGAACUCGAUGUACCGUGAGGAGGUUUCCAUCGACGAGCGAAUCCAUCGCCGGCUGAUUGGACUCAAGGGUCGUCGUGUCCGUGAGAUCAAGGAAGAGUUCAAGGUUGAAAUCAACUUCCCGCGUCCGGAGGACAGGGAUCAGUCAAUAAUUGUAAUUGCCGGCAAUAACCAGGACGAUGUCGAGGCUUGCCGUGAUUAUCUGCUCAAUUUGGCGGAAGAAUACAUGCAGGAUUUGGCCACCGCUGUACCGACGCAGCAGACCACAUUCACUCAAAUCCUGGAGGAUUCGAUGUCCAACAACAAUAAGCAAGGGUUCGUCGUUGCGGGUGCUCCAUGGGAACGCAACAAGAAGACCCCGAACACUCAGUCUCAGGAAGACUUCCCCGACUUUGGACUGGGCGGUCCUACACCGGUCGAACCAGCUCACCAGGCUCCGAUUGCAUCGGCCUGGAACUCGCGCCACUAAAAAUUUACUGAUUCAUUGAUUGAGUGUUUGAGGGGAGUUGGCUGCAAUUGUGCAAGGUGGAAAGCAAACGCCGAGAGAUGAAGAUGGGAGACUUAUAUUCUGCUCCAAUUUAUACCACUCAACUAAACAAAACAUGAAACGAGAGACGUCAAUUUUCCUCCCAAAUAGUAGAAUAGCUGUAGCGACCGGUUUCGUAUCCCCAAAUUUACCCUUAUUUUUAUUUUCUAUGUUUUCAUUUUUUCUCUUGUUAUUGUUUUUGAUCUCUCGCCGUUAAAAUAAUUCAACCAUCAAGUAAGGAUUGUCCUCAGGCGGCAGUCUCAAGCAAUUUAUAUCGAUUGUGUGAAACAUCUUAACAAAAAAUCUAAGACAAAUAUGUUUGUUUUCUGAAAAUUUUUUUUGGUUCUAUGUUUAUACAAACUACUAAAACAAACAAUAUUGCGAUUGAAGAAGAUUAGUGCAAGUUGUACAUAAAAACAAAAUGAAAAAAAAAAAUCAGAAAAUUGCUCGGAAUGUUUAAUUCUAGAAACGAAAAGAGAACGCAAUAUUCGCUACACAGGAUGAAACUUUAUUGUAAUAAUUGUAAUAGAAAAGAACGACGCAAUGCAAACAUGGAAAGGCUAAAAUUUAUAUUAAAUUUUUUGAAGCUCUGCUA